AUGGCGAUGCUCUCGUCAAAAUCGCCUUUCCCGGCCGCCCUCAGCACCUCGAAUCUUGCUCCCGGCUCCAACCUGCAAUCUGCCUUGCCCACCUCGAGAAGACUGCCCGCCAUGUCGAGUAGCGCCCAGAACUACGCCAGCCCAACCGAGUCUGAGUUCUCCGAGACCGACGGUGCUGAUUCCGUGAAGCACUGGGACGAGGACCACGUGUGCGAAUAUCUCCGAAGCGUCAAGUGCGGGGACUACGAGAAGAUUUUCCGCAAGAAUCACAUCAAUGGAGAGAAUCUUUUGGAAAUGGACAAGGAAGUGUUGAAGGAGAUGGGAAUUGACAAGGUCGGCGAUCGAGUCCGCCUCUUCCUGUGCAUCAAGAAGCUGCGCACCAAGACAUAUGCGAACCAGAAGAAGCGCAAUAGGGACUCGUUCUCCGGUCUCGAUGCCUACGCUUCUUUCCCUUCCACCAGCAUUGCUGCCCAGACCUCGUCGUUGCCUCGCUCCUCCGCUCCCUCAUCUAUCAACCGACGAUACUCGCGGCAGAUUGAUGUGCCCGCUCCCUUGGAAACUGCUCGGCAUGCUCGAUUCCCUGCUGGUGUAGGCUACGUCAGCAGCGUUGGCCAGAGCCAGCCUUCAAGGCCCCAAGCAUCGACUUCGGACCUUCCCACUUCCCGCUUGGUACCUACCCACACCAGAAACAAUUCCAGCAUGGAUGGCUCGCUGAUGGCUGCGUUGCCCCAGGGCCAAGAUGUUAUCCGCGUCAUUUCUACCGGCGGCGUUACCAAAGUGGUCAAGAUUGCUGAUUGCAACACUUGCGAAGACGUCAUGCGCGUUACCCUUCGAAAGUUUGCCCUCCGCGAAGAUCACGAGCGCAACUAUUGCUUCUGGGUCCUGACGGGCAUUGACCCCGAUCCUACUCAGUGUAGACGGCUAGGCGAUACCGAGUUGUGGCGCAUCAUCAAGGACCAGCGCCGACCUGAGCGCAAUCGCUUGAUUCUACGACGAGUGCCUGCUGGCGAGCCCGGUGAGUCGGAGCUGCAGCGCGCUGCCGCUAUUGCCAUGGAGGAAGAGCAGCAAAAGCAUACCAAGGCUAUCGAAUCAGUAGACAAGAGAAGCCAGCUCAAGGUCCAGAAACUUCUGGGGGAAAACUGGGACGACCAGUUACAACAGCCUUUAUCCCCCGUAUUCUUCCAGCACCAAGAUCGAUCCCUUCCCCACGAGAUUCACAGAGAUGCGGACAGGACCCCUCUAGCUGACGAUGCGCGAGCUGCACAGCGUCGCAAGGAUGGCCUUCGUCAGUUUGGUGGACUUCGACCUCCCAGUGAACUCAUCGCCUCUGAUUUGACCUCGUACUUUCCUGAUCACCGCCGGGAGGACAUUGACCGGACUGCUCGUCUUUCCAUGAGGCGGUCGACCAGGCUGAGCAAGGUCAACAGUCGUCUUAGUGUUGCAAGUAGCAUCAGCUUGGCCUCGAGCGUGCAAGAUGCCCCUCCGAUCCCGACAAUUGCCGACUCGUGGCUAAGCGGUGCUGCUCACGUUGCCAAGAUCCGAACACGCGACUCCCACGGACGGAUCCCCGGCAUCUACAAUAGAGAUUCUUUUGCCUCGUCCACCUUGGACACCCUCCAGGAGGAAUCACCCAUGGAGCCGGACCGAAAGUCGUAUGUAUCCUUCACCGAGAGUGGAGACGAUACUGCUGUCGAUUCCACUGCCGUCAGCGUCACCGACCCUGAUGGCAACACUGCCAUUACGAGUUAUUAUGAAGGUGACGGAUCUACGGGGUCUGGCUCCUUUAAUGAGUCUAUUCGGCAGGCUCUUUCAAAUGACGGCGAUGAACUUGACGAGGAGCUGGAAAGCUUUCUGUCUGGGGACUCGUGGGAUGACAAUCAGUGGAUGAAGGGAGCUCUCAUCGGCAAGGGCUCAUUUGGAUCGGUUUAUCUGGCCCUCCAUGCCGUGACUGGUGAACUCCUUGCUGUGAAGCAAGUCCAGAUGCCUGCCCCGGGAGCAACUGGACAGAGCGAGACUCGUAAGAGGAGCAUGAUUGAGGCGCUCAACCGCGAGAUGAACUUGCUUCGUGACUUGCGCCACCCCAACAUUGUGCAGUACCUCGGCUGCAGCUCGUCGUCGGACCAUCUUAACAUUUUCCUCGAGUACGUCCCAGGCGGCUCCGUUCAGACGAUGCUGAAUUCAUACGGAGCCUUGCCCGAGCCCCUGGUGCGCAGUUUUGUUCGCCAAAUCUUGAUGGGCUUGUCGUAUCUCCACGGCCGAGACAUUAUUCACCGCGACAUCAAGGGCGCGAACAUCCUGGUGGACAACAAAGGCACCAUCAAGAUAUCGGAUUUCGGCAUUUCCAAGAAGCUAGAGCAGUCCAACAUCCUGGGCAAUGCCAAGAACAAUCGACACCGGCCAUCGCUGCAGGGAUCCGUAUUCUGGAUGGCGCCCGAGGUUGUCAAGCAGACAGAGUAUACGCUCAAGGCUGACAUCUGGUCACUCGGCUGCCUUGUUGUAGAAAUGAUGACGGGCAACCACCCUUUCCCCGACUGCAGUCAGCUGCAGGCCAUUUUCAAGAUUGGAGGCGGAACAGCGUCCCCGACAAUCCCCGAGCACGCUAGCGAGGAGGCCAAGGCAUUCCUUCGCCAGACCUUCGAGCUCAAUCACGACUUGCGACCCAGUGCUGACGAGCUCAUGCUCAGUCCGUUUCUCUCGCACAUGACCUAG